AGAGAGAGAGAAGCAGAACAAGAAGGCAUUGAGCCAGACGAGGAAAGUGGACAUUCGAUCAAAGCAGUGUUUUCCCUCUUUCGCCACACCGACCUCAUUGAAUUCAACUCGGAAAAGGGGGCGUCCCACGCCCAAGUGAUUCCACGCCCAGCUUCCCAUUCCAGGCCUUCAAGAGGGCCUGAUGUGACGCAGUGAACAUCAUCAUCUUUAUAUACAGUGAAUCCAUCCAUCCAUCCAUCCAGCCCUCUGGCUGGCUUAAAGCCCUCCCCCUUCGUUCGUUCGUUCGUUCGUUCUUGAGUCUCCUGUUCGUGCGUGGAGCACUAGCCACCAUCAUCACAGCCUGUUUGGAGCAAUAGCAUAGCGGCAGCUAACUCUUAGCAAACUGUUGAAAGUGGUGGACUGACUGACUGACUCGCUUGGCCAUCCUCAAGGUCCUUGGAUCGAAGCCCGUCCCUACCAGUCACUCACCAGUCUGAUCGCCCAUCCUGCGGGCUCCGGGAAUUUCCGAAUCCAGCAGUGCGGGUGCGACUCAUCGGCGCUCCACACGUGGGAUCCAUUCCGGACAUGGAGGAAGAUCCAGCCCGGGCCUGGUAGAGCCAAAGUGACUCUCAAGGUCGGUGGGAUCGGGCACCUCGUUUAGUUCUCUCUGUGUGAUCGGGAACGGUUUCAGGAUCAAGUGGAAGUGCAACACCCACCUGGCCAGCCCUUCAUUUCAGUCUGACCCGAAGAUUCGCACAGUCUUUCAAACAUCUCGUAUACACAUCCCAAAAUGUUCAACAAUGGUUCAUUUACCCAUCCCCAACAAUGGGCCAUGCCCAAUGGGUCUCAGGCUCAACCAAGUAUGCCUCAGGCUCUCAACCAACAUGGCGUCUCCAUGGGCCAUGGCAAUCUCUAUUCGGCCAUGGGUGGUGGUGGCGUCAUGAAUGGAGUCGGGACCUUCAUGGCCCAUGGGUCCAAUGGCAAUCGGAGCCAACUUCAUAACAGUGGAGGAGGUGCCCGAGUCAUGCCCAACCGUGGGCCCAGUGGCAUGAGUUCAAUGCCGGCCCCUGCCCUGCCUCCUGGGGGCGGGUCUACGGCCUUUCAGGACAAUAUGAUGAUCCCUCACACUCAAGCUCGUCGCCAAGAGAUCUUGAAUGAGCGCACCAAAGCUGCUCAUCAACGGCGACAAGAACAGGAGGAACGUCAAAAGAAAGAGCAGGCAUUGACCGCCUCCGACUCUCUGGACCUCUUUGCCAAGCCCGAGCGGGUGAAACAUGAGGACAUAACAGCUCAACAAGCGUCCCAGGUCCUCGGGAGCUUCUCCAAUGCCAAGCGAAUCAUCAAUAGCCAGACCUCUUGCAUUGGGAUUGAUUACCAGCCGCCCACGCCGGCUCCGGCUCAACAACAUAUAAUCGGCGAAGAGGAUGACGAUGACAAUACAAGUGAUAUCCGGGAGGCGAACGGGCCAUCUCGAAGCAUGCCUGCUCCCUCGUCCGUCGGGCCUAAGGUGGCUCGCCGGCCCCCAGCCACCAUUCCUCCACCUCCCACCGGGGGCCACCGCCUUCCCCCCGAGCAAAUGAACAUGACCCAUAGGCCUAGCAUGGCUCACAAGCCGUAUUCCAGGCAGCAACACCCUUUUGGUGCCAAUGGUCAUAAUCAUCAGCAACAUCUACAACAGCAGCAACAGCAACAACAGUUACAGCAACACCACCAACAACAACAGCUUUUACAACAGCAGCAGCAAAAUUUGGCCAAAAGGGCCCAGAUGCCAUCGCAUCAGUCGUCUCCUUCUUUGCCUUCUGGAAUGCCAAUGGGACAGAAUCCCGCCCGCCCCGGUUUGAAUGGAAGCUCAACAAGUAGUAAUUUGAAUGGAAGCAUGCCUGCUCCGGCAUCAACUUCGUCCGGAUCCUUCUUUGGGAAUCGGACCAAGGAAAUACCGCCACAGUUGUCAAACCUUCAAUUGCAAGAGGACAGAGACAAAGAGAAGAGUGUCACGGAGAUUUUUCAGGAGGUGCAAACCGGUGUAAUGCCCACGCCCAUCCAAGCCCUCUUCACGCCCGUUGUGACAAAACAUGAGGGCAAUAAUGCCCGGUGUGAGCCACGGUAUUUUGGAGUGGUGUCGGCCCCACACUUUGGCAACGAUGAUAUGGGUGAUGACCUGGAUGAUUUGGUCUCGCCUCUUUCACCCAUCAAGUCCUCGAAACUUCCUUUCUCCUCCAAUGUCAAGCCGAUGAACUCCCAAGAUUCCAAUACAUCCAUGAACAAGGCAAAAAACGCGCCAAGUAUCCCGUCGUCCUCAUCGAACAGGAAUCUCAAUCUCUCGGAAGAUUCCGAUAGCGAUGCCGAAAUGCCCUCAGAGCCUCGUCGCAAACCGGUUGUUCCCAGCAUUGCUCCUGCGGCAGCUAGUCCUUCGGUGAUGCAGCCCACUCCAGCCAUGAAAUCUGCGGCGGUAGCUGCGGCUGUGACCAAAACCCCCAUCCAAGCAGCUGAAACGGCUCCAGCGGUGUCUUCAGGCCAAGAUCCUCAAGUGAACAAAGAGGAUGGAGGUCAGAAGAAGACGAGUCAUGGGAAUGAUUCCUCUUCGGAUUCGUCUGAUAGCGAUUCCAGCUCUGAUGAGGAUGUGGAAGACUCCAAGGAGUCUUCGUCUGAUCAUGAAGAAGUGAACCCCAUGGAUAACGAUGCCACCUUUGGGUUGGCCAACAUUCUGGCCAAGGUGAAAUCGACCCAUUCUCCGGGACCCAAUCCCCAUCCCAGUCCCAAGGUCACUCAGACCACACCCUCGGCCAAACCCCUGAUAGAAGACGAAAUGGAUAUCGAUGGGCUUCUCAGUCAAACAAUCCAGCCUCUACCAGAUAUCAACCUCGGGGUUGUUGGAUCAGAUCUCUUGGGUGAUCUUCACCCUCCAUUGAGCCCUCUGCCGGAUGACGAUGAUGACGAUGAGGAUGAUGAAGACGAGGACCCCCUAGAUCGGCCCUUGUUGUCGCCUCUGAAGAAAGACCCCCUACCACCUCCCCCACCCAAAGGAUCAAGCUCGUCACGGCGAAGAUCGUCCAGUAUUCGGAACUCUUCAUCGUAUCGAGAAUUGAGCGACGAUGACGAAGACGUGGACCAACCCCAGCGUCCUCCACCUCAGCGGAAGCAUCGCAAAUCCAAGAGCUCCAGUAUCAGGCAACCCAUGCUCUCGCCCGCCGUGCCCGUGCUCCAAGUCCCCCCACCCGCACCGACGAGGGUCAAGCCCUCGCCAAAGCCUUCGGCGGGACGCCCAGGUUCCACGAAAAGACGAAUUUCCCUCAGUACCACCAGCGUCAUGCUCUCUAGUGAUAGCGAGCCCGACGAAGCUCAUCCCCCCGCCAAGAUCCCCACCUCCUCCACCUCUUCCUCCUCCUCUGCUCCGCUCAAACCCGCUAUUGAGAUAGCAUCCGAGUCACCGAGGUCCGUGAGUUCCGACAAAAGUGCCAGUAAAAAAUCGUCAUCCAAUCGACCUCCUCGAGCUUCGGUCGGCGACCCCGACGAGUCCAACAGCCCUGUCACUAACAAUACGUCCAAGGUCAAGUCACGGGCUAUGAGCCGCAUCUUCAUGAGCCGCUCCAAAUCCACCACCGGCACGGGGGGCAAAGGGGGAAAAGGAGGUAAAGGCGGAAUCACCGUGGAGCGGAAAACCGUACCUGAUGCGGGCGAUGCCGCCAAUAGCAGCGAUGGGGGCGAGGUCAAGAGCUAUCCGGCUCCCAUUUGGGGUGCCAAUGGGCGGCCAUCAAUCCUUUGUCAGAUCCCGCUGAAUCUGCUCCCAGCGGACGUGGACUUUCGAGUCAACUUGUACAACAACCAUCACCACCACCACCAUCAUCACCACCAUCACCACCACAAACAUCAACGACCACACCUCCAAACCCCACAACAAAACAGCCACUCCAAACGGAAAAGGAGUCGUCGCCAUAGCGGUGAAUCCGUGUCUUCCAGCACGAGUAGCAAGCAUUCAUUCAGGUCCACCACGUCGAGCAAGAGCAGUAGCCAUAAGCGAACCAAACAGCCCCACCCCAGCGAGUCAGCCACGCCUCAUAAGCGGGUCAAACUGGACGAGACGCCCACCUCAACCUCCGGCUCAUCAUCGUCCAUGACCUUAGCCACGACCAGUGCACACAAGAUCGAUUUUCCGGGCCCCGCUUCUACCAAUCACAUCCCGUCAGCCAAGGUAGAGCCCAUGUCGAAUCCUAGUCCGUCGGACGCCCAUUCCAAACCGAAAGCCACGGUCGCUCCCACGCCCAAUAACAACUCGGGCGUGUCAGGCAAUGGGGGAUCGAACGCCCCUUGGCCCAACAAAAUGAUGCCACCUCCGUCCAAGGUGUUCUUCUCGUAUCUGGAGAAGAGUCGAGACGAGGAAGACGAGCAGGAGGAAGACUACAAUGCUUACAUGAUGGAGGCCAAGAAACUCAAGCACGAGGCUGACCGCGAACCCGAGCAAGGCCGACAAGCCAUGAUCUAUCUCAAAGCGGUGUUGUUCUUCAGCUUGUGUGGCAACUACAAUGAAAACAAAGGGGAUAAGGUGUCAGGAUUCACCAUGUACAAGGAGACGUUGAACCUCAUCAGGCAUGUUUUUCGACCGUUCCGAAAUUCCGAAUUCGGCAAUUUCGAUAAUAAGCUGGCUGUAUUAAGUCUGAGGUGCCAAUCACUGCUGUACCUCAAGUUGUACAAACUUCGUCGCCACGAGCUGAAAGAGUGCCAAAAGAUCAUCGGCGAUCAUAUUCAAAAAGCCACGGCCUCCCAGCAAAACUCACCCGUAGGAACCAAUGGCAACUCCAGUGGAAACACGGGUAAUGGGGCGGGUGGAGCCAACGCCAUUUCGCCCACGCCCAGUCCGGCUGGCUCUGAAGGUUCCGUGUGCAGCAAGAGCAGCGGAUACACAUCCUCCGGUGAGGUGACCAAUUCUAGCACUGGGCGUUACACCGGGGUGCUCACUCCUCCCACCAAUCCUCCUCCAUGCCUGUCCGUGCCUCAAUCCGUGAUGCAGAAACAGCACCAAUAUUGCAAUUAUGUCAGCCAGUGCCAUGAAUUGUGGGAGAUGGCUGAUCUCUACACUCAACGAGGUCAAUGUGAAGAUUUUAUCAUCAAUCUUGAUCGUAUGUGCGGACCCCUGACUCUGCACAGCUCCCUCAAGGAUCUCGUGAACUACACCCGAAUUGGCCUUGACUACCUCUCCAAGGAGCCCUUGAGCACGAGCACUUACUAGGCGAUCAUUACUGAAAGAAUACUCAACACAAUCACGAAUUCAUCUUGAAAUGGGCGGCCCACGGCCGAGAAUCAACCAAAAUAUCAUUCUUAUCUCUAUUUUUCCUAUGUAUUGAGGAACAUUUCUGGAAUAUGAACCCAUUAUAAAUUGUCUCCCAUGAACGGAUUGUAUUUACCCACGGGCACAAAAUGUGUCCUUUCUUCCAAUCAGUUGUGCUCUUGGCUCCCCUUACUCACUCUCAAAUCACUCAAAUGCACUCCCCGGACAAACAAUUUUGAUGGCCCUGUAAGCAUCUGUGAUAGACGAUAUCUUCUUUUGAGCUCGCUUAGAGAGCCAUCAUCCCCAUUCGUGUCACAAAGAAUGAACCAUCACCGUUUCUUCAUAGCUUCAAUUGUAGAUCAUUGUCAUAUAUCCCGAAUUAGUUGAAAUUCCCACAGUUGACGAUUGUCAGAGCAAAACUUAACAGAAAGAAGAAAAAAAACCAUACGAACUUGACCCUCAAAAUUUGACGACUUGGUUGCCCCCUCAAUCCAAAUCCCGGAUGGACGGCCUGAAAAUUACUGCCUUCAAGUAGUUACGAAGGCCUUCUUGACGAUAUCAGUCUUCGCCAGAUUAAAAGAAACACGCAAGGGCUGGCUGGGUCCAUUAGAGAAAUUAGAGUAUUUUCACAGAUUUAUUGUAAAUAACGAACAGUCCUACCCCAUCCUCCCAUAAGCCCUCCUUCGUCGAAACCAAUCCAUUAAAAGUGCGAGAUCCAUGAUGAAUUGAAAAGAUCUAAUUGCUAUAUAAACAUUUGUCACACAACAACUGCAACAAAAACAGAAACGUACACAAGCAUUCUUAUGAAGAAUUGAGAUGACGGGAAGAAGGCCAGAACAAAAGAAACUAAACAACCCAUGUGCUUUACGACGAAUUUCCGUGGCCAUUCCUCACGAUCAACCGAUUGUCCAUCCAUUUUUGCAAGGAUUUCCUAUUCUGAAUACUUCGAUAUCUCAAUUCAAAUGACCCCCAAAGCAUCAUCAUUUACUCUUACAACUAUAAUUAUUACCAUUAUGCUAUCAUAAGAGCUCGUACACUACUGUACACUUCAACGUACUGCGUAAGGGAGUAAAAUAAACGGUUAAAGGAAA